UCAGAGUGAUUGUGAGGCAGGUGAUGGACAUGUCGUGGAAAACACAUUGACAAUUGCAUUUUAGGCGGUUUUAAAAUUAAGUCUCAGCGGCAGCCUGUUGUUAGAGAACCGUUCCUGGCUAAAGCGUCAUGGCUCAAUUUGAUUGCGGGGAAGAGAACAGUUACUCUUUGAGCGGUAGUGUUAACACUAAUCUACACUCCUACUUUGGAAAUAGUCAUCUAGUGAAUAAAUUGAUAUUCCAAAUACCAACCAUGAAGACAAGAGCGCAGCUAUCCUCAGGGUUUCCUACUGUGGAGACUAACAGCGCACAGGAUAGCGGGGGCCUUGAUGAGAGCAGUGACUCCCUGAACCAGCUUCAGCAUGGCAGUUCUCCCAUAGACAUAUCUUCUGCCAUCAGAUCGGUUGCUUUAAAAAACACAUGGGAUUUGGAAAAAAUGCACUCAGUGCCCAAGUUGUUCUCAGUUCCUAGACUUGAAGAAAACUCAACUUUGCACUGUUUUGCUGAUCAUCUAACAAAGGCAGAGGGGAUGCUAGAUCCAGUUGAGGAGGAAGAGCUGAGUGUAUCAUUCCAGUCAAAGUAUAUCCAUAUUUUCCCACUGUAUCAGGACUACUGUCUGCAAGCGGUGAAAGAUCUGCACAGACUAAACAAGAGUUUUGUGUCUGAACUGAUAACACCCCAGUAUCUGCAGGGUCUGCAGUCCAGGCUUAGCACUCACUGCCAUUCUGAGACCACAUCCCCUCAAUUGCACCCACCUGAAGCGACUCCAUCCUCACCGCCACCUCAACCUAUUAGGGUGACUCCAUGUACCCUUUGGCAAGAUCUAGAUGAGGUGAAGGCAUCUGGCCUGCUCAGCAUCUUGGCCACCAGAGAGAUUCGCCUUCAGGAGUCGAUGUUUGAGUUAAUCGGGUCUGAAGCAUCUUACCUGAGGAGCCUUGGAGUUGCUGUCAGUCAUUUCCAAGCAUCAAAGGCACUGAAACGGACCCUGUCGCAAACGGAGCAUCACAUUUUGUUUUCCAACAUCCGUCGUAUCAUGGCAGCAAGUGACAAGUUUCUCAUGGAUCUGGAAAUGCGACUAGGAGAGUGUGUGUUAAUAUCUCAGGUUGGAGACAUUGUGCUCCAGCACUGCCCAGAGUUUUGCGCGCUCUAUGUGCCAUAUGUGACUAACAUGAUGUACCAGGAGGCCCUUUUCAACCAGCUUCUUAACAUGUGUUUUUCAAGGCAGCAGAACAGAGACUUUCUGUGUUUACUCAAGAAGCUUGAGGGUGACCCAGUGUGUCAAAGACAGAGCCUCAAGUCAUUCCUUGUCCUUCCCUUCCAGAGAAUAACUCGUGUUAAACUUCUAAUGGAGAACAUCUUGAAACAGACUGAACCAGACUCUGACUCAAUUUCAAAUCUUGAAAAAGCAAUAGAAGCCAUUCAUGAGAUAGUGGCAGAGUGUGACAAGGGGGUCAGAAGAAUUAAACAAAUCGAGGAGCUGGUCUUCCUGGAAAAGCUGUUUGAUUUUGGCAAAGUUAAGUCAGUUCCUCUGGUCGUAAGCAGGCGUUUCCUGCUGCACCAGGGUCCCAUGAGACAGCUGAGGGUGGAGGGCACUUACACCUCAAGAAUGCCGUUCAUCAGCAUCUACCUCCACCUCUUCAAUGACCUUCUGAUCAUCUCCUUGAAAAAGGAUCAGCAGUUCACAGUUGUGGAUCAUGCUGAAUUCCCCACACACGUGCGCAUCGAGCAUCUGAAGACUGAAGUCCUGGGUUUACCCCAAGACUCCUUCCUGCUACAUCUCUCUAAAAGUCAAACGGGUCAUCCGACAGCCAUGAUACUUCUUACAUACACAAGUCAUGUAUCUGUGAUUCUCUUUUUAAAACUGCAGGUCAGAUAAAGAAGCAUGGAUGAAAGUGCUGUCGAGUAAAUGUUGAUAGGGAAUUUUUUUUUUUUUUUUUUUAAUUGAACUUGGGUUUGUUUUAACUUGCACAUUGAUAUGUACAUUUUGAUCACUGACAAACUUUAAUGUUAACUUUUAUAAUGUUAACAUUUCUCAACUUUACUGCACUUAAUGUUCUUGUUCUUGCACUCUAUAGCAUCAUAUGACACAACACGUACUGAACUCUUCCCAAUUAGACACACAGCAUGUGAGGGGAUACUUUUUAUUAUUGGGAAUUUUUUUUAAAACUUUAUUAAAUACUGGCCUCUUGA